AUGAGCAGUCUCUAUAUUCCGCUGGUGCUGCGACUUGAAGUAGAAGAUCAUUCAAAAACAAUCAACUCGUUUUUUGACGAUUCCCAAGCAACUUCUGAUUCGCCGACUGCUGGAGAACGCACACGUCGUCGCCUCAUUACCGGUAUGAAAAAAAGAAAUGUAAUCCCGAAAAAAGAAACAGGGGCGCCACCAACUAUUGGUGAAUCGGUGUCUAAGCCUUCACAUGAGUAUCAUAAAGGUCGGCGGACGUAUUCUGAAGUAUUGGUUUCUACAUUAGAAGCUGAUAAACUUCUGAGUACACCGUCAUCGUCAUCAACAACUUCACUGAGUAAAAAACAGAAAUCGUCGAAAAAAACCAAAACAUUAGAUUUGGAACAUACCAGCUACUAUUAUGGCAAUCCGUUGACCGAAAAAACUGAAGGAAUAAUGCAUUUCUAUAAGUACACAGAUGAAAAACUCAUGAAAGCGGCCCAAUGUCGUAUGCUUUGCAUGCUGGCCGUUCCUGCUCAAGUCAGCGUUCGUGAAAUUAUUACAUUUUUGCGUCCGGCUCUUCCAGCAAUCGAAAAGAUAAAAGUGGUUCGUGAUACAUCGCCGAAUCAGUAUAUGCUGAUAAUUAAAUUUAAGGAACAUAAUGACGCUGUUACAUUUUAUGAGGAAUAUAAUAACUGCCAAUUCAACGAUCUUGAACCUCAUAAAUGUGUUCUUUUAUUUGUUGAUCGAAUCGAAUGUACAACUUCGGAUGAUUUGUUGUCAACUUCAUCGGCUGGACUCACUGAGCUACCAACAUGCGCCGUUUGCCUCGAGAAAAUGGACGAAAGUGUUUUGGCAAUUUUGUGCAAUCACACUUUUCAUGCGCUCUGUCUUGAACAAUGGGCUGAUAACACUUGUCCCGUAUGCCGAUACAUUCAAUCGCCAGAGGUCGUUGCCGAACAGCGUUGCAAUGAUUGUGGGCAAAGUUCGGAUCUUUGGAUCUGUCUAAUUUGCGGAAACAUCGGAUGCGGAAGAUACGCUUCUCAGCAUGCGCAAAAGCAUUGGGAACUCACCUCACACACGUAUAGUAUGAAGGUUGGAGGUGAACGUGUUUGGGAUUAUGCUGGUGAUAAUUAUGUGCAUCGGUUGAUUGAAAACGAUUCUGAUGGAAAAUUGGUGGAAUAUCAAAGGGAUCAGGAUUCGAGCUCUCAAGAUAAAAAUAGCAAAGAUGAUAAGCUUGAAGGCAUUAAGUUGGAAUACACCCUGCUUUUAACUGGGCAACUUGAAGAUCAAAGAAAGUUUUUCGAAGGUCGCCUAGCGGACGUCGAACAGGCAAUGGCGAAAAUGGAAAAAGUUGCAAUGGCUCAAGUGGAAACCCUAGAAGCUCAAAUCAGCGAACAAUCACAAGAGCUAAAAGAAGUGAAGUCGCAGCUAAAUGAAACGAUCAAGCAAAAGAGUGCCUUGGAGAAAAAAUUGGCGACUGUGAUGGAUAAGAAUGCAAAGUUAUCUGCGAAGCUAAAAGACGAGCAAGACAUCAAUCAGAUGCUGCGAAAAGAUCAACAGGGGUGGAAAGAUCAGUUGGAAAAACUGACAGCGUCAUCCAAGAUUUCUACUGAAAAAUACGAAAGAACCGUCGAAGAACUGCAAAGUCAAGUCAACGAUUUACUCAUGCAUUUCGAAUCGCAAGAGAGAAUUAAAGAACAGCUUGCGAAUGGAUCGGUUACCCAAAAGGAAAUUGCUCAAAGCCAAGUUGGUGUUCAGAAUAGCCCUUCAAUGAGUAAACACUCGAAAAAAGGGAAGAAAUAA